GGGGGACAGAUCAGAAGCCUGCCUCUCUCCAUCGCGGUUGCUGGCUGUGCCGUCCCUUUACGCAGAGAGCAUUACGCAUCACUGGACUAUAGAACAAGGACUCCGCACAACAUUGCACGUUUUCUGUAAGGGAAACCGUAUCACCCAUCCUUUCAGCACAGCUUUGGACAUAAAAGUCAUCCCGCGUUUUCCGAGAAGUCUGGACAACUACUACUCUUCCUCCCCCCCUUUUUAACCCUUGGAUCUAGAGCUCCCUAAAAGCGCGCUCCUGUGCUUUUAAAAUGCAAGUCGGACGAAAAUCGUGUUGGAGGCAAUUGCAGGCGUCUUUUUUCAGACUGCUGUGUCUUAUACCCACAGGAUUCCCCGUCCGGAGUGUGGAUAUGCAGCGGGCCACCGACAACAUCACCAUCCGCCAGGGCGACACAGCGAUUAUAAGGUGUUAUGUGGAUGACAAAGUGUCCAAGGUGGCCUGGCUCAAUCGAUCCAACAUCAUCUUUGCCGGCCAGGACAAGUGGUCCCUGGACCCCAGAGUAGACCUGGUCACUAAAGGACAGCUGGAGUACAGCCUGCGUAUACAAAAGGUGGAUGUGUAUGACGAGGGCUCAUACACCUGCUCCAUACAGACUAAGCAGCAGCCCAAGACCUCACAGGUCUACCUCAUUGUACAAGUCCCAGCCAACAUCUACAAGGUGUCAGAAGACAUCACAGUGAAUGAGGGCAGUAACGUGACACUCAGUUGUUUGGCUAGUGGCAGGCCGGACCCUGCAAUCAACUGGCGGCUGCUCAACCCCUCAGCAGAGCCGUUGGAUGGAGAAGAGUACCUGGACAUUAUAGGUAUCAUGCGAAACCAAGCAGGUCGUUAUGAAUGCAAGGCCAGUAACGACGUUGCCACGCCUGAUGUCAAAUAUGUCAAUGUGGUUGUCAGCUACCCUCCAACAAUAAAGAAAACCCAGAGCUCAGAGACUCAGGUGGGCCGCAUUGGGACACUGCAGUGUGACGCCACGGCUGUGCCCACGCCAGAGUUUGAAUGGUUCAGAGACGAAAAAAGGCUGUCCAAUGCUCAGGGCAUUAAUAUUCAGAUUCUUGGCACUACCACUAUUCUCAUGAUUGCCAACGUCACCGAAGAGGAUUAUGGAAACUAUACCUGCGUGGCCUCGAACCGACUGGGCGUCCAGAAUGCCAGUCUUUUCCUCUAUAGACCCGGGACAGGUCGAGAUAUCAACGGCUCUGCCUGUGUAUCUCAAUCACUGUGGCUCCUGCUGGCCUGCUUCGCCUGCCUUUUCUUCAAGUGUUAAUACCACUGCCCUCCUCCUUUUCCCGCUCCUGGCCUUCCUUCCUCCCUCUCCUCUUUCUUCUCUCCAACUCACCGACAUCCUUAUUGCUACCUUAUUACCAACCCCCCAGACUGUUUGCAUCAUUAUACAAAAACCUUGAGCACUGCUUACAGAUAUUACAAAAAACGAUGGGUUAUGAGUAAAAUGUUAUAAGAACAACAACAAAACCAAUGGAAGGACAGAGCAAGCAAACAGUGCUCUUUAAAGAAUUGCAUUGCUCUUUUUAAUUUGUAUGCACUUCUUUAUUUCUGCUAUAUCUUGUCUUCAGGGUCUGGAUCGGGUGUAGGGUUUGUUGUAUUUUUGUCUUCAUGGGAAAACAGAGGGGCACCCGCUCACAGGGAUGCCAACAAUCAUUUGUCUCUAGAAUUACUGAAGACAUAAGGUAUAUUUGUCCAUACUCCCAUAGAUUCAUUAUGUUAACUUAAAUUGUAGAUUUAACCGAGUGUUUAACCAGUGCAUUAACGAGCAACAUGCAAAGUAUCUGCCAAAUAUCCAUAUAGAUAUAAAACUAACACAUACACAAAUCAAAGGGAAAAUAUUGCAGCUAACUCUGUGAUGAGAUUAAUGCCUGAUAUUAAAGUCUUCACUACCAUAAUCUGAUGCUACUAGAGUGAAACACAGACAUAGAGCAUUAGCCGGAUAACUCUCCCAUCAAUGACCUUGUUUCUAGAUGCAGCAGACGCUUUGGGUUGUUGCUGUUGAGCCCAGAAAUUGAGGAUGUAGUGAAUAGAAUCGACAUGAUCCUACCGAGCUAAACCAUGUGAAGUACAAACCUGAGGAAAUAAGUUUAUCUGGUGAUAGAUACCUACAUCUUCAUUCAGUGGCUUUGCAACGAGACGCCUUUUUUCCAAAAGAAUCCCUCUUUUGUUUUGCAGCAGGAAAAGAAAACACAGUAGGUUAUAAUGAUGCGUACUGUACAUAAUAAAAUUUUGUAUUUCUCUAUGAAAAAACAACUUGUUCUGCCACUGUUACAACAGGAAACAGAGAAAUUGUUGCAGUUUAUGUUGCUUGUUUGAUGACCAACCAACCAACCAAUCAACCAUACUGUGCUGUUUGUGCCUGCUCCACAGCAGGCGGCACGCAUUUAGCUGCAUAUACUGUACCACAUACAGCGUUUGCUUUUAUUUUGAGUUUUAGGAUCAAUCUUCUAUACUACUAGAAUUUGGAUAAAAAUGUAUGACACCAAUGAAUGACUUUUUAGUUUUUCUCUUUCAAUAAGUAUGCGUGUUUUAAUAUGAUCUGAUACAGACAAAUUCAUAAUAUAUUAAUUUUGAGGUUUUCCUGUCUUUACCUCAUUCGCUUUAGUUGUGUGUGUGAUGUAUAUAUAUAUAUAUAUAUAUAUAUAUAUAUAUAUAUAUAUACUUGAAUCCAAUGUCCUUAUACUAUUAUGAAAAGGCAAAUUGUAUGUGUCCAUGUUUCUGAAUAGGGUAGCGAUUUGUUGAAGAUGAAUAAAUUGUAGAUCUCUUGAACUGGCAACCAUGCUCUAUCAAGUAAACCGAAGCCCAUUAGAAAAAUGAUGUUUUAAAACAAAAACAAAGACAAGAUUGUUUUGUGCAGUUAUUAUUGUACCUAUCCUUGAGAUGACACAAGUGCUUGCUUGUAUGGUAUUGUAGGGAAUGGAAUAUUACAUUUAGCUACUAAUACGCUGCCAUAUGCCGGGAAUUCAAUAUGAGAGCAGCAAACAAAUGAAUACCGAAUGCUUCUUUCCCUUAAUGUGCUGAUAGGCAUUUUACAUGUCAUAUAGGAAAUGUUCUCAUCACACCUCAACAAUUGAUGAAUUUAUUUCUUUAUGAACAAAAUGGUUAAAUGAUUACUACACGUGUCAAUAUUUUGUGAAAGAAGACCUUUCAAACAGUGUGAUUCUCACUCAGAAAACAGCUCAGAGGUAAUUCCUGUUGUGACGAGAAUCUCUGAAAUUGGUGCACUAUUAGCUGCCUUUUUUCCCAUUUAGUUUGACCUACUGUAAGGUGACUAAUAGUGUACGGUCACCCAGUUCAGCUCCUUGACUGGAAGAGUGUACAUAUCUCCGCUCUUCUAACAACCAAGCCGAGAUAGUACUAGUACUGUAAAACACACAUGUAAUUAAUGUCAUCUUUGUCAUGCAUUAAAGAAAUUGUCCCCGGUGUUUUCAUUGCAUAUGCUUUUGAGGCCAUGGCUAUGUGACUUUGUAGUGUUGGUAAUGCCAUCUGAUCCAGUCUAAUUUUCAUGUGGGUGAAACUGUGGAAGCAGAGCUGUAAAGUGACUUAAAGCUGAAGCAUUUAAACAGUUACAACAACUUUUCUCUCAUCUUUCUCAGUCACCACACAAACAAUAUCUUACACUCAGAUUUUCAAUCUAGGAAGUGAUAAGAAAGCUGCUUCAUUCUGUCAUCAUCUCACACAUGCUUUUUAUUGAUUUUCUACAACUGAACAACUCUGCUGUAUCAACUUUAACUUGGAUUAACUUGACCCCUGAUGUUUUUCUACUACGUUGGUAUUUAUGCAGACUCUUCCUGCUUUGUAGCCUAUGGCUAGCUCAUACUUGAGGAUGCUAGUUUGUAAGGAACAAUUAUCUGUAGGAAGAAGUGAAUAAUCUGAAAGCUGUGGUGAAAUACUUCCUCAUGAUCAGUUUGCAUGAGAGUAGUCUGUGCUACAUGUCUAUUUCAGUAAGUCUGUCUCACUCAUGAGU